AUUGUUUUAGGCGUCUAAUUGCUUGUCCAACAUCUAAAAAGUGAUUGAUACAUUAUCCUUACAAGCGAGAAUGAGGCACACAUCAGAAAGACUGAGAAACCAGAAUCUGAUUGGAUUUUAUACCCGUGCCAUGUUCGCAAAGGAUAUGAUUCCUAUGAGACAGCAAGGAGACACCUUGCUGAAGCAACUGUGAAUUCCGAAAUAAAUUCAACUGAUGUCGAAGUAAAUGCAAUGGGAAGAGGCCAUCGAAAGAAAAUUGGAAACAAGAGGUACUCACCUUAUGAGGAGAAGAGACCGUCAAUACAAAUAGAUGGAGAAGAUUCAGAAGAUAGCAGUGUUGGGUUUUAUGGUCCCACGCAAAGUUUACUUCCUACCAUUCCUAUUCCUCGACAUUUGAUGGCAAGUACAAGCAACCCAAUGGAAGAAGGGAUGAUGUCCACUAACAGCAGGCAGGAUCCUACCCUGAUUAGUGAAGGAAAUUUAGAUUCUUGGGACAUGACUGAAGAACAGAGUGCCAUCUCAAACAUCACUAUUCAGCCUAAAGAUUUGACGCAAUCAACGAGCAACUCAAUUCAAGAAAUUCGUAUUACGCAGGCGCUUAAAACCAUUCCAAUGUCAACAUUGAUUCUGUGGAUUGUUAUGUUGAACCUAAUGUGAUUCAAACCACUUCUAUCCCUCCACAUGUGAUGUCGAAAAGAACAAAGGACUCGAUGGAAGAAGGAGUGACGAACACAGACAGGCAGGCCCUUCGAACUAUUAGCAAUGAAGUUCACCAGGGUGACCGAAGCUUAAGAAAGCUGCCGGUUGUUCACUCACCCAUACACGGUCUAGGUACUGAAACAAUAUCUAUGCCUGGUCCGUACUAUACUGCAUUGGUUAGAGAACUAAGUAAAAUUGUGGAAAAUCAAACAGUGAUUCUAAACAAACUGGCCGCAAUACAAACAAAAAUGGACAACGAGGAAAAUACUCAACCAACCCGAUCAGAUCCUGACAAAAUAACUGUUAUCGACACGGUUGAUGAUUUGAUGAAGUUUGAAGUUUCUCUACAAGAACCUGAUAACUACUACGCUGUGGUGAAUCAUGUUCGUAUGCUGGGUGGCGGGUCCCUUUCCGAUUGCGUAAAAAGAGCUUGGGCCGCAUUCAUCUCAUUGAAAGUAAAGGCCUCUUGCAAUUGGGAGGGGAAACCUCGAAAGGGUAUCCAAAAGCAUGGUCUACAAAAAUCGUUGCUAACUGAAGCCAUUUUCAAAGGAAUUACUAUUUCGAAGCCUUUUAAAGGCGCAAACCAAUUUGAUUCGGAGUUUGAAACCAAAAAAAUUAUGAAAAGUGCUCCAGAAUUAUUCCAACGAGUCCAGCAGAGCCUUGGGAAAGACAACAGCAUACCACGGGAUAUCAGUGAAGACAGUGGAUAACUCCCUAUUAGUUCAUUGAACGGGUAUGGAGUCGGAGUCAUGUUCCUCACUCAAUUUCGUGAUUGUUUCGUCUUGUGUUUCUCAAUUUAGUCAGCACGUGUCCGUGCACAUGGACCAAAUUAACACUGAUUUAUGUUAAAUCUACUGUAUCGUUUUUGAAAUUUCUGCUGUGAAUACAUGA